GUUUCAGGGUCCAAUGGCACUGUGGUAUCGCAAAACUUUCCUGCGCUGUUUUUUUAAUUUCUGCUUUGUGCACAGCCGAAAAUCGAGACUAAUUAUAAGUGAAUUUGGUCACUGGGAGUUUCUGAACUUAACUUAGGGAUUUGACAAAUGGAAUUAUGAUCUAGAAAUGUUUAAAACCCUACAACACCUUAGUAAAAACUCUCUGUUCUUUACGAAAGUCAUGUCAAAUUUUAAUAUCUUUUGUUAUGAUUGAUACUAUAAUAUAUUAGAUGUCAAAGUCGCACCUAUCUAAAUUUCUAAAAACUGUUGAGCAACCUCGUCUAUCAUACUAGUCGUACUGGCGUGUCAUCAACCAUGUCAAAUUUUCUCAUUGUGAUCUGUAUAUUUGCUUUUACUUAUGUUGCAGAAGGUUCUUGGAAUGUUACUAUAAAUCAUAAUCCAAAUUGUAAUCUUUCGAAAGGAUGUGACAAAUAUGAUGUGAUAUACAUUAAUGGACGUAAUUUAACAUCUUCAGUACAUGUGUUUAUAACAGCAUCAGAACGCUUUUCUCUCCCAUCAAUUUUGAUCAUUCACAGUUCAUCAGCUGAAGCUAAUCCUGUAAUAGAAUGGGAUCAUUUAAAUUUUUCUUCUGGAAAAAGGUUAACUGUCGGUAAUGUGACCCAGUCAUAUGCUCUUGUAUUUUAUAAAAUGCUUGAAUAUAAUGAUUUAUCUGAUGAUGUAAACAUGUCCAUUUAUCCUCGAAAUUCUGAUCAAAUUCGAAUACAUCAUUUAAAUGAAUAUAACUGGAAGCGUAAUUCAAACAACGAUAGUUCAUUAUCCUUUGAAGAUAAUUUAUUUGAAAUCACAUACAAUGGAACUAGUCCAAAAAUGACUUCACCAUAUGAGCAAGUUAUUAUUAAGUUUCGAAUAAGCAAUACAACUCAACAUCAUAAAUAUAUGCCACAUUUAUUAUUUAAACCUGGUUGGAUUAUUCAAUUUGAUGUUUUAUUUAAUAAUUUAACUAGUCAUUUUAAUCAAAGUCGAUUUGGUUUACAAUUAAUGAUGAUGUCAAAUUUAACUUUGGAUCCAACUGAAGAAUUUCGUAAAGAAGUUUUAUUAAGUAUUGAUGAUGAAUUAACACCUGGAAAUUUUGAGAUGACCAAUAUUUUAUUGGGUGAAUCCGUAUCUAAAAUCAAUAAUAAUGAUACUAAUGAACAAUAUUUCAAGAAUUCAACGAAUCCAUCAGCAUUUAUUCAAAUUAAACCAGCUUGUUUUAUUGAUAAUGAUUUACGUACAGUUCAAAAUAGUCGUAAUGUUUAUAUUAGUAAACAUCAAGAUUUAUUAGACAAUAAUAAUAAUAAUAAUAUAACACAAUAUGAUCUAAUUAAUUAUGCAUUUCCAUCUAUAUUUUAUGCGGAUCGAUUAAAUGACCCUAGUAACAAUAAUAAUAGUCAAUUAAAACCUAUUAGUAUACGUUUAUUAAAUGUAUCAUUUGGUACAUCAACUGAUGGAUUUUAUGCUAAAUCAAAAUUUAUUGUUUGGUAAGUUAAUCUUAUUAUUAUUGAGUUUUCUCUCUUUCUUUUUUUUAAAAUUUAAUAUUCAGGUGUAGGGGGGGGUUGUGGAGAUUUUUAGUAAUUUUUAUGUAUGUAGUUGAAAUCAUGAGUCAAUUG